CACAAGGCUGAAUGCGCCUUGCACGUGGUUGCCGUUGACGAGGCUGUGAGUUAUGAAGGCUGUCACGACCCCGCCUGGCGGCUUUCAGCUUCAGCGCUUCUUUCGUCAACAUUCUUUCUUUCUCAUGCGGACUCCUACGUGAUGGUGCCAGCAUUCGGGUUCUCUGUCGGUGACUUUAUCGCUGCAAUUGCCCUGAUCGCGAAGGUCAGCAAGGCUGUGAAGGACAAGGCCGGCGCUUCGACAGAAUACCAACACGUUCUCCUUGAGCUUGAAGCGCUGGAGAGGACGCUCCGACACUUGCAAGCAUUGCAGCCCACUGCUAGCAACGUCGACCAUGUCAAUGCUAUUCGCGGGAUGGCUCUCACGUGUCGCAUCCCGCUGCAAGAGUUCCUUGAGAGAAUCCAGAGAUAUGAAACCUCACUUGGACCAUACUCAGUUCAUCGCCGAGGGUGCCUAAAGUCUGUCGGACGGAAAUCACAAUGGACAGUGUUCAUGAGCGAUGAGGUCGUGAAGCUUAGGACUGCGAUCGGGGCCAAAGUGCUCAGUAUCAACCUGCUUCUCGCAACGCAUACUUCAGAAUCCGUUUCCAGGAUAGAAGCUGAGGGUCACAGAUCGCAUCUCACCCUCAUGGCAAGCAUACUGGAGCAAGGGAUGAAUGUAGAGAAGAUCGACAAGAAGAUAACCGACACACAACAAUCCAUUGAAAACAACACAAAGACGCAACUGCGUAGGACUGACGAGCUCGCCAAUCAGAUCGAGGAUGCAGCUACGACUUUGCACCACGUUUCCAACAGGAUUGACACAGUCAAUACAACUAUCAUGAGCUUUCGGGAUUUGGGUAUACAACUUCUACAAAUCAUCCGACAUUUGCCUUUGCAGGUCCGAGAAACAUUGGAUCAAAUCGCGAUCUAAUUUACGGAUAUAUGCAAUCCUACGGGCGAUUCACAAUAGCAUUCUUCGAUCACCUGCAUUUCAGCCAGAGGACAGUGUUCGGUUUGAGGAUGUGCUAGGGAGGACCAGGUCAUUACCAUAUGAGUAUUUUCGUCAUAUCGAGGUAUUCA